AUGUUCUCCAUGCUGGAGUUCGUCAAGGACGGCAGGCUGAGACAAGCAUUUUGCGGUGUUCUGGAACAAUGGUCAAGGGCAGUAAGUCUCUUUUGGCUAACUGGGAAAAGUGCUCAUUCCCAAAGUGGGCCAAUUGCGACUCUGCAAUCAUUUUCUUCCGUCUACACUCAUGUGACCAGCAACUGGCUGACCUGUGAGGAGCCGGAGCUCAAGCAGGCUAUCAUCAAAGCCCUUGGUCCCAUGAUGAGCCUCCUGCUACACAAAGAGGAGUAUCAAGAUCAGAUAUUUGAACACCUCUCAUGGCUCCUUGAGCAAUAUAAUGAAAACACUGAUGUUUUUCACGUCACCAAGAGUCUGAGCCAGCUCUUGGAGGUCUCUGGUGAAUAUAAGAUCCCUCUCCCUGACGGGAAGUUUCAAGCCAUCUGCAGUGCUCUGCAUAACCAGAUCUGUUCUCAAGCUAAGCCGCUCAGCAUGGAAAAUCACACAGAGCUGGUCCAUUGUGUAGUUCAACUAGCCCGUUCUUCUCCUGAUGAUCUGAUAGCCUUUCUGCACUCGCAGCUGGAGAUUGAGAAUGAGGCUGUUCGUGUGGCAUCUCUGAAUCUGCUCAGAGCUAUUGUUGGUGCUGACUUGCCCGAGACAAGACCGAAAAAGUGUCUGAUUGUGAAGGCAGUGAAAUCCACUUUCAGUGAUCAGAAUGCUACGGUGAGGAAGGCAGUUCUUCAUUUCAUCCAGAGGCUGCUCAGCUUACAAAGUGUGGAGAACUGUGCAGCUUGGGAUAUGGUAGCACAUGUUUUCACGGAGUUCAGCGUGUCCACCAGCAAACUAGCUAUUCCGGAAGAAAACACGAUCCAAACCCUUUGCACUGACAUCCUGCAAUGUCUGGACACCUCGGUCACUGGAAUGACCCAAGUGUUAUGGCCAAGGCUUCUUGAAUAUGUGGUGCCAGUUCAGUACACUGGUACUUUGAAGACUCUCUGCAGAUGCCUUAGGGAGCUGGCUGAGAAAAAGCAGCAGGAAGGAGAAGAAGCUGCUUGCCUUGACUACGGUGGACCAGUGAAACUCCCUACACCCCAGGGGCUGCUGGCACGACUCCUGGUAGUAGCCUCGUCCCUUAUGCAGGAGAAGGACACGGAUUAUGUGGGAACAGUGGGGAAUUGA